AUGAAAGCGAAGAGAAGCUCCAGAGCCGCAGCCAUGUCCACAUCCCUGCGCGUGAGCCCCUCGGUCCACGGGUACCGCUUCGACACAGCCCUGCGCAAGAAAGCCGCGGCCAACAUCUUCGAAAGCGUCAACCAAGAGUCCCUGCAGAAACUCUUCAGGAACUCCGGGGACAAGAAGGCAGAGGAAAGAGCCAAGAUCAUCCUCGCCACCGACCAGGACUUGGAGGAGAAAACGAGAGCGCUAAUGGCGCUAAAGCAGCGGAGGAAAGACAAGCUGCUCCAGUUCCUGACGUUUCGGAAGUACUCCCUUAAAGUCCACUGA